CAGGAUUAAUUGGUCAGGUCGCCGAGAACGAGCAGUUGUGGCACGCGAUCUGGUCUAUAGGCACCGUGCCAGAGACAACACAACCAGAACGCAACGACCCACUCGUACAAUAGGACAAGGACGCCAACCAGAACAGCAUGAGCGCAAAGAGAUAUCCGAGAUCGGUGGUGCCGUUGGCUCUGCUGCUKGCGUUGUUUUCGAUGGCGGUUUCGGUUUUGGCUUCCACGGAAGGAUCGCAAAGGAUCGCAGCGGGUCGAUCCAGAGCGGAGGAACGAGGAGGAAUCCGGGGGCUGGCCGGUGCAGGCCAAGCAGCGGGGAGCAGCAGCGACGACGACGACGACGACAAUGCCAACGAAGACACCACGGCCGCGCCAAAGAAGGACGACCGAUCCUCUCCGGCGGUUUCUCCCAAAACCAGCGGGCAAAAAGCAACGGCACCGACCGAGCCAAAAACUAGUUCUCCCUCCAAGGCCACCACCGUAUCGAUUGCCAGCCGGACGAGUUCCGUGGCCUCUGCUACGAAGGAACCCCUGUCGGCGUCCAUGCAAUUCGAAACGCCCCAGACCGCCUCGCCGCAAACCUCCCCCGGUGUUUCGAAAUCGAGCCCCUCGAGUGGUGGUUCGAAGCCGGAAAAGGACGCCGCUGCAUCGUCGAAGCCUUCCUCUGCGAGCAGCAGCGACACCACCGAAAGCCCCGUGGCCAGCGGCAGUACUACCACCACCACCAGCAGCAGCGUUGGCGUUGGCGUUGGCACGGAAGGGAACCAAACGGGUGAGUUGUUGAGUCAGUUCCCGACCAAUCGCACGCGAAGCAAGCACACGCAACCGCGUUGCCCGCGUCGGUACCCGUGGCGACGCUCCGUCUUUGUUUGAGUGAAGCAAUGCGUGUUUGUUUGUUUGUUUGUUUGUUUGUUUGUUCCGCCUUGGAUUGUUUUCGUUUCGAAGACCUCGUUCUGACCGAUUGGUUUUCGAUGCACGCACGCACCGUCCCCGGGUUUCGAACGGCGUUCCCCACUGGUAGCCACGGGGGACGACGACUUGUACGCGCUUGCUUCCCCGACCGCCGACAACGGCGACGACAAUUUUGCCUCGGUCAUCUUUUCUACGAGCAACAACUCUACCAAACCCCUCGUCUUGCCGAAAGAAAAAGAACAACCGAAGCAAUGGCCCGAGAUCGUUGGAGGGAUCUUUGUCGCGGGGGGGAUUUCCUUCUUCUUGGCAACCUAUUGCAAGAACUACCAAAAGCGGAGACAGUACGACCAGGUUCCUGCGUCACUGACCGUCUAGUACAGCAGGCGAAAGCGGAUCUUAGAAAAGUCCCAGAGAAGGAAAGACAGGAAGGAACCCACGAAAUACGGCGAGGGGACCGCAUCAAUAGCGGGAGAUGAAUAAUUAAAACACACAACU